GUUCGACAUAGGCAAGCCCGCGUUUUGCGGCGACCAACGCGUGCAAACGCCGGUCGGUGUGCUACAGCAUCCAUUACCCAACGCCAGCGCAGCGCGCUCAGAGGUCGCUGCCAGCGGCGCCAAGAGCAGGGCAGCUCGACGCGGCGGCGCGAACGGACCGCAAGCCAGACAGAUGAACUUCUCCACGAAAGGCGCGAAGAAGCGCCCGAGCUGGCGCGACGCCCAGGACGAGCCCCAAACCAAGAAGCAAGACACGGGCAACCGCGAGGCGGGCGAGGACGCGAGUGAUGAUGAAGGAGACGCCUUCGAGGCCCUGAAGCGGGAUCUCGCGACGAGAGAGCGUAUUAAAGCGCAACGCAAGAAGCAACUUGAUAAAGAGGCUUCUAUAAUUGCGAGAACGCGCGGCGAGGACACGGACCGAAAACCAGGAGUCCAUGUGUGGUUGGAUGUCACGAUCCCGAAACGUUCUACCCUGUGUGGAAAUCAACCAGUGAGUUAGGUUACCUUCGUGAGCCUCCACGCCAUCGAGCCGACGCGGCCACGGGGACAACGUCGCGUCGAUGGCGUGGAAUCGCCACGCCAUCGCGCAGAAGCCUGAAAUUUGAUUCCACACAGGUUCUACCCAUGACGCCGGGAAGGGUCGAUUGAUCUUCGAGCUCUUCGAAGAUGUGGUACCGCGGACGUGCAAGAACUUCUGUCAAUUAAUUACGGGGGAGAAGGGCGAUGGGUUGCGCUACGAGGGAAGCGCCUUCUUCCGGGUCGAGCCAGGCAGAGGCGUCUGCGGCGGCGACAUCGACAAGAACGACGGGACUGGAGGUCGUUCGGUCUACGGCCGCGACUACGAGGACGAGAACCACCGCCUCAAGCACACGAACGCCGGCGUGCUGACGACGUUGACGAAAAGGCCGAACGCGAACCAGUCGCAGUUUGAGAUUUUACUGGAUGAGCGGCCGGAGCUCGAUGGGCGGCGCGUCGUCUUUGGUAGGUUGGUCGACGGCUACGCUAUUUUGAGAGAGUUGGAGAAGCUGGGGACCGUGACGGGCGUUCCGAAAGAACUCGCUCGCAUCGCUAAAUGCGGCAUCUGCGACAAGAUGGAGACGUCUGCGGCGAUCGUCGAAAAGUAUCAGUCGGAGUUAGUGAUACCCAAGGAGGUCGCCGACAUGAAGGAGAUGGCCAAAAAUUACAGGAACAAGACGAACUACUACGACAACUCGACGCGGUCGGCGCUGUUUUCCUGGACGACGUCGUGUUAGCGCCGCGUUGAUGGCGUAAGUACAAGUACAAAGA